AUGAAGAAAUCGCCUGUAGCAGCCAUGAGCAAUAUUCGAGAUGCAGUACGACGCAAAAGCGUGGGACUGAGCUUUACUACAAACUUUAGUAUCUUUAGUCGUAGCACAAGUUCCACAGGUGAAGAUGAUCGCUCGGAGCAGGGCAUGGGGGAAGAAGGGGAUGACUAUAACGAUGACGUGGAGAGCAGCCACUCGAACCGGUCGAGAGUCGAUUCGACGCCGGGUGAAGACGAUGUAGACAGCAGUCCAUCGCCAGCUGUAAGCUCCCGUAGCUCAUAUGUCGAGCCACCGGAGCCUCCGCUGCCUCCUCCUGGUGGACUGCUGGAAGCAGCAACAAAGAAUGUGCAAGGGAAGACUCAGACACUUAUGGAGACACUCCACGAGGUCACAACGUCUCAUGACGACGAAACGAUCCAGUGCAGUGUCUUUCUUUCCAGGACGGCGUUAUUUUCAGACCGACUCGUGGUGUUUAUCGGAGACAGUGAUGGAAGUCCAGCGGGUAUUUGGAGUGCACGGCUGUGCGUACGCUCUGGAUCUGAAGGAGGUGGUAUCUUUAAGGGAAGUUUGGGAUCGAUGUUGCCGUAUAUAAUGAAGGCAAAGGAAGACAAGUUUGGUAUUGUCCUGUUUGACGAUGUCUUCAAGGAUUCGAUGCGAUCUGGAGAAAUUGAUAUGAAGAGUGCAGUACAACGAUUUAUGACGGGCUGGCGGAACCACGUUUUGACCUCCCGAGCUACACAUGUAUUUGUUGUGGCAUACCGAGACGGCGGCAUUCUGUUUGUGGAAGCACUGCGAUCGCACAUGAAAGAGAUGCAGCGUCACAUUAGUGGAGUUGCUUUCUUGCAGUCUGCGCAUAGCAUUUCGUCGGAUGACUCGUAUACGCUGCGAAAAAUGAUUGCCCAAUGGUGUAUCGCGUAUUUGUCAUCACCUGAAGGCGUGCAAACAUUGAAGCGAAUGAAAUCAAGAGAGACUCCGUUGGGUUGUGUGGUCCUGUCGGCGGGCCGCGUGAAAUCGGACGUCGACUUGCUGCAGAUGGUUGUUUCCUCAGUGUUUGCAAGCUUCAAGGCACGGUGGUCAGGUUUUCGCGUGAAAAACGUAAAUAGCGGCAUGGAAAAGUCUUGUUACGCAUGUAAGGGUGUUUUUAACAUGCGUCGUUGGCGCCGGCAUUGCCGCACGUGUCAGAACCCAUGCUGUGAAAAGUGUUCAUCAACAGAGAACACACGUCACGAGGGUCAGGUGCGUCUUUGUUUGACGUGCAAAUCGCUGCCAUCACUCAUUCACUGGUCUCGACCACGUGCUGUUCGUACGGGUGAGAAAGAGAGCGUUUUUAGUGGAUCAGCCAAGCCUGGCAAGAUGUCAGUGAAUGACUUUGAGCUCGUAACCGUCAUUGGUCGUGGUGCAUGUGGCAAGGUGCUUUUGGUACUAAAAAAAGACGGCGCAGACGCAGGCCACUUGUAUGCGAUGAAGGUGCUGAAGAAGGAGUGGGUGAUGAACAAGGAUCUAGUCACUCAAACAAUGGCAGAACGUCGCAUCUUGCAAGAGGCUGACCACCCGUACAUCGUUCAGCUGAAGUACGCUUUCCAGAACCAAGACAAACUGUACAUGGUGAUGGAAUACUAUAGCGGUGGUUCACUGCGCCAGGUGUUGCGUCGUCGUGGCCGCUUUAGCAUCAAGCGUGCACGGUUUUAUCUGGCUGAAAUUCUUCUCGCCAUUACCCAUCUGCACUCGUCAAACAUUUUGUACCGCGACUUGAAGCUAGAAAACAUUGUCAUCACCGCGGACGGCAAUGUGGCGUGCACAGACUUUGGUUUAUCGAAGGAGGAAAUGGAUGACAACGAGCGGACGAGCUCUUUUGUGGGCACAUGCGAAUACCUGGCGCCCGAGUUAAUUAUGAAAGAGGGCUAUGGCAAGGCUGUGGAUUGGUGGGCACUUGGUAUAUUGGCGUAUGAGAUGAUUCAGGGCGACUCGCCGUUCCGUCACAAUGUACCUACUAUCUUGUUUGACAAGAUUUUGAAGGAAGAGCCUGAGUUUAGCGACCGCUUUACCCCAGAAGCUCAGGACCUGAUUACUAAGCUGCUUACAAAAGAUCCAGAGCAUCGUCUUGGCUGUGGCCCCGACGGUGUCGAGGAAAUCAAGCAGCACCCAUUCUUUACAGAGAUUGACUGGGACAUGCUGCUGCGCAUGGAGAUGGAAGUGCCGCGUCCUCCACAUCGUAUGGAAGACGUGACCGACGAAAGCCACCUCAAUCGCGCGAUUGCCAAAAUGCGCGAGGCACGUGAAGAGCUCAUGCCGGACUCGCCUGUGUCAUUGCCUUCGUCCCCCUCGGAGCAGAAGCACUUUGACCGCUUCUCGUACCAGGGACUUGGCGACUGGAACCCAGCGAUGGCUGACAUGGAAUUUGACGAAGAGACCGGCGACUUUAAGCAGGGCACCAUUCACGAAGAUGAAGAAUUUGUUGAGGAGGAGUACAUGGAGGAGUCUGGCGACGGUGAUGGCGUGCCGCUGUCUCCUGGCUCGAAGGCAAAUUCGAUGACGUCUUCAAAGAUGUCUCCUUCCAAGCCCAACGGUUCGGACACUCCCGCGGCCUCAAGUUCGGCCGCAUCAGCGUCGCCGAGGAGUCCACAGAGCGCCGGCACCCCACGUAGUCCACCCCCGGCACCAAUGAGUCCAGCGGACUUUUCGGCGUCUUCAAACUCACCGACGGAGCCGCAGUCCCAGACCAUUUAG